AAUGGUAUCGAAAUCAACUACUAAAUGUGAUCGAACAAACGAAGAAAUCGAAUUAAUUGACCUUGAUCAAAUGCUCUGUUCUCUCAAUUCUGGUAGUAUUAAAAAAAUGGCACAAUCAGACCUUCAACAAAUUUAUUCACGUAUUAUAUCACAAGAAAAAUCAUUAACAUUUCGUCAAAUGAUUUUUUCAUUGGCGAGAGAAAUUUAUGGUCCAAGUGAUUCGAUUAAUCAAAUAUUAAAUUCUAAUUCUGAGAUUCUGGGUGAUGAUUUCAAUAUAAUUAUUCAGGACCCUUCUCAAAAAAUAUAUAAUUCUUCCACAUCUGCAAAUGAUCACAUUAAGCAAGAUUCGCUGAAC